AUGGCUGAUGACGCUGAUAGUAGUAAUGCUGCUAAAAACAAGCACACCGAAGAAACCGUGUCACCGGAUGAACCACAGCACAAAAAGCUGAAAACUGACAAUGCAAGCAGUUCAUCGACAGCCUCUCCUGGUGGAGGUGAUACUUCAUCUUUCACAAUAAAUCAUUUUUAUAUCGACAGUCUUCCGACUUUAAAAGAGCUUUAUGAAGAUAGUGAAUCAGUUAAAGGAAAAGAAGAGGAAAACAAAUUUGUUUGCGACAACUUCCAGGUUAUUCGGGAACCCUUUCAAGUAGUACAGCUCAAAAAUUUCAUACAAGAAGAUGACAAUCUCAAGAAGUUGAUGAAAGACAUUUCUAAAACCGAUUUAAAUCUCAUAAACAACGACUUAUAUAGACUGAAGCAAUCAAAUGACUUGAGCAACUAUUCAAAGUUUGCAAAAGUUUGCGAUUUUUUUCAAAAUGAUGUUCGACCUUUUCUGCAGGAUUUAACUGGCAUCAAUCUCAAUUCAAAAGUUUCAUUGACUAUUAGUAGAUAUGACCAAAACGAUUAUCUUUUGUGUCAUGACGAUCAACUCGAAAAUCGAAAAAUUGCAUUCAUUCUUUAUCUGACAGAAAGUGAUUGGUCAAAUGAAGAUGGAGGACAGCUUGAACUAUUCAAAUGUAGUUCAUCUGACAAUCAGCCGCUAAAAGUAGUUAAACGAUUGAAUCCUGGAUGGAAUCUGUUUAACUUUUUCAUCGUUCAACCGAUCAGUUAUCAUCAA